CCAGAAGAAAGCAGGUGCCCAAGAUUGCUUCAUAUCUGAAAUACAUAAUCUACUAAUUAAAGAAGGGAGAAGGGGUAUGGUUGGUACAGAUCUGAUGGAAUGUAUUUGAAUACUUUUUUAAGUAUUCCUGGAACAACAGAUUUGGACCUGGGAUCAGCAUCGUCUACCUGUUAUUCUGGUUGUUGCUUUGCUUCAUUGUCCUUCAACACCCAAGGGCAAGAAUACAUAUAUUUCAUACAGAUGCACAUGAAUGGAUGACAUGAAGAAGGGGGACUAUUGUGGAAAGGAAACAGACAUGGUAAUAAGAGGCCCAAGAAAGUAAUUAGGGUCAUCUCAAUAAUACAUGUUGAGGGAAGAUAAGUCAAGUCGUAUCAAACUCUGGAGCUCCCAGGAGACCUAGAAGAUGCAGAACUGGAGGAUCAUUCCUUCUGGUGCCACAGCCAGUUGGAAGUGGAUGGAAGUCAGCAUUCACUGACAUGUGCUUUUAAUGACUCAGACAUCAACACCACUAAUCUGGAAUUUGAGAUAUGCGGGGCUCUUUUACGCGUGAAAUGCCUAACUCUUAAUAAGAUGCAAGAGAAAUAUUUUAUAAAGACAACAGAAUUUGCACUGAUUGGUAACAGCAUUAUAUGUGUGAAGCUUGGAAAAAAGAAUUUAAUUUGCAAACAUGUGGAUGUAACCACAAUAGUUAAAGCUGAGGCUCCUUUUGGCCUGGAAGUAGUUUAUCGAAGUGAAGCAAAUGACUUUUUGGUGACAUUUAAUACAUCUCACUUGGAAAAGAAAUAUUUAAAAAAAUUAAAACAUGAUGUGGCCUACCGACCAGAAAGGGGUGACAGCAACUGGACGCAUGUAUAUUUAUUCAACACAAGAACAACAAUCCUACAGAGAAAACUACAACCAAAAGCAGUGUAUGAAAUCAAAGUCCGAUCCAUUCCCCAUCACGAUUACUUCAAAGGCUUCUGGAGUGAGUGGAGUCCAAGUUCUACCUUUGAAACUCCAGAACUGAGGAAUCAAGGAGGAUGGGAUCCUGUUUUGCCAAGUGUCAUCAUUCUGAGUUUGUUCUCUAUGGUUUUGUUGGUCAUCUUAGCCCAUGUGCUAUGGAAAAAAAGGAUCAAGCCUGUUGUAUGGCCUAGUCUCCCUGAUCAUAAGAAAACCCUGGAACAACUAUGUAAAAAGCCAAAAAAGAAUCUGAAUGUGAGUUUCAAUCCCGAAAGUUUCCUGGACUGCCAGAUUCAUGAGGUGAAUGACAUUCAAGCCAGAGAUGAAGGGGAAAGUUUUCUGCAAAACGAUCUUCCUCCACAGCCUGAGGAGCUGGAGAAGCAGGGACACAGAGCAGCUGUGCACAGUGCAGACCAGCCCUCCGAGAUUCCAGUCAGCCCACCAGAAACACUCAGAAGAGAGUCACCCUUAGGAUGCCUGGCUAGAAAUCUGAGCACAAGCAAUACCCCUCCAUUCCUUUCCUCUAGGUCCCCUGACUACAAAGAUGGGGAUGGAAAUAGGCCUCAUGUAUACCAAGACUUGCUACCAAGCUCUGGAAACACAAAUGACCCUGCCCCUCAACCAUUUCCUCUUCAGUCUGGAAUUCUGAUACCAGUUUCUCAGAGACAGCCCAUCUCCACUUCCUCAGUACUGAAUCAAGAAGAAGCAUAUGUCACCAUGUCUAGUUUUUAUCAAAACAAAUGAAUUAUAAGAAAACCCUUCUGUCGAAAACCAAAUGAUCGCUGAGAUGGAAAGUCUGGAAUGCUUGCUCUCCCCACCACCCCCCACCCCCCAGCCCUUAGCUCAUGGAAGAGAAAGUCAACGUGACCUUGUUACACGUUUUCAGCAUUCUACGAAAUCAUUUUGAUCUCCUAGCUCUGAAGCAUUUACACAAAGCAGGAAGAAUCUGUUUCCCCCUUGUUGGAUUAGUCAUGGGUCCAGAUGACCCAAUUAAACUUGCAAAACUCAGUUAAGUGAAGAGUAAAGGGAAAGAGAAACGGUUGUGAUGAGUGCAGGAAGACGAAAAGGAAAGAUGUGAGUGGUGGGGCUAUCGGUAGGAUUUACCAUACAUCUAGUACUACACACUGCUCUCAUUUCUUCUUCACAAUGCUACUACAAUGUGGGAUCCUCCAUUAUAAUUGUUAUUUUAUCACAGAUGCCAAAGGUGAAUGUAGAGAUUUUAAAUAAUGUCUAAGUAUUUUCUUUCAGUCACAGAUGAAGCAUGCCUUCCAUCUUCAACCCUCUCUUGUCAUGAACCUGUCCUGUUGUUGAGUGUCAAGCAUCACCACUAAAUGGGUGGUUACAUAGUUACUACCCAAACUGGGUCAUUUUGGAAAGAGAAAAUUAGACAUACUUAACAGGAAGCAUAAACUGUAUCUGUCUCAGAGAGAUGUGGAUGCAUGGUCAUUUUACUUAACGUGGUUAUGAGAAUGAACAUGGGGGAAGAAAUUCACUUAUGGGUGUGAAAUACCAUGACCAUGUGUUAAAGGAAAUGGGAGACAAAAAAAAAAGGCCCCAAGCUCAUUUGAUUUUGUUUUCUUGUUUUGUUUGAAAACAAACUCAAGAUGCAAUAAGUUAGAAGCCAAGAAGUUCCAGAGUCAGUUAUCAAGACCAUGAUCUUCCUGCUGCUAUUAUCCAUUGGCUUCCAUGUGAAAUCACAGGAGGAGCUAUGGCCAACCUACAGCAGUUCAACAUUUAACAAAGAAUGGUUCUCCUAUGUGUGGAGACACCAUUAAGAAUUACCCCAAGUUCUACAGCCUCGGUUAUUGCCUGAACUAAAGGAGAAGGGGCUGAGCACACCUCAACAAGUACCCCAGCUGAAACCAUGCUCACAGAAAAACAAAGAAGACUCAAAUUCAAAUGUUUAAUAUGACUGCAAGCCACAAUUUUGAAUCCCUGCUGUGUAUGGCUAAUCUCCUGAAGAAAACAAAUAACUGAAAGACACUGUGUUUGGGUGCCUUAGCAUUAAAAUUCUGUUUCAGGGUUGACGUUGGUUCUUUGAAUUGAUGUGUCUGUCCAGUCAUGUAUUAUAUCCAUGCAUUAUAUUCAGAUAACCACAAUUGCUGCUAAUGCUUAAUUAUAUACUCAGGAACCACAUACAAUGUAACCAACUGUGAUGUAUUCUGUGGCAACUACACAUAAAUAAAUGGGCUCUUCAGUUCA